AUGCAAUCGCUUCUUAGCACAGCUAAAUUUUUGGGGCGUUCUGGCACCUUGAAAAAUCAGGUUUUUCGGCGAAUCGCUUGUUUAGCCGCAUUGCCAGAAACUCAUCAGAUGCUCCAGAAGACAUGUAGAGAUUUCGCCGAUUCUGAAUUAGUACCACAUGCAGCAAAACAUGAUCGUGAACACUUGUACCCGGAGAAGCAAAUAAAAAAAAUGGGUGAACUUGGGCUAAUGGCUAUAGCGAUCCCUGAAGAAUAUGGUGGUGCCGGUUUGGACUAUUUGGCAUAUAGCAUUGCGAUUGAGGAAAUAUCACGAGGCUGCGCAUCUGCUGGGGUGAUAAUGUCUGUGAAUAACUCACUUUAUUUAGGACCCAUCAAUCAUUACGGGACGCAACAGCAAAAAGAAAAUUGGAUCGUACAUUACACUACUGGUGAAAAGAUCGGUUGCUUUGCAUUAUCCGAACCCGGCAAUGGCUCUGAUGCAGGUGCAGCUUCUACUACCGCAGUUGAAAAGAACGAUCGCUACAUAUUAAAUGGCACUAAAAUGUGGAUUACAAAUGGCUUUGAAGCAGGCGCUGCUGUAGUUUUUGCAACAACCGAUAAGUCAUUGAAACACAAAGGUAUAUCCGCUUUUCUUGUACCCAAGGGUAUUAGCGGCUAUACUAUAGGGAAGAAAGAAGACAAAUUAGGAAUUCGAGCUAGUUCCACAUGUCAGCUAAUAUUUGAAGACUGUGAAAUUCCAAAAGAAAAUAUUUUGGGUAAACCCGGUUAUGGUUUUAAAAUUGCUAUGCAAACAUUGGACGCAGGACGUAUUGGAAUUGCCAGCCAAGCGUUGGGCAUUGCGCAAGCUUCACUAGAACUGGCCGCAGAUUAUGCGCAGAAACGUACCGCAUUUGGCAAGCCUAUUGCUAAAUAUCAAACUAUACAGCAAAAGCUGGCUGACAUGGCAUUAAGAGUGGAAUCAGCUCGUUUGCUCACAUGGCGUUCUUGUUGGUUGAAGGACAAUGGAAAAUCGUACACAAAAGAAGCUGCAAUGGCUAAGUUAGCAGCUUCCGAGACGGCCACAUAUUGCGCUCAUCAGUGCAUUCAAGUGUUGGGUGGUAUGGGCUAUGUUACUGAUAUGGCAGGCGAACGUUACUAUCGGGAUGCGCGUAUUACAGAGAUAUACGAAGGCACGUCCGAAAUACAACGUCUUGUCAUCGCCGGUCAUGUGCUGAAAGAACUGUCUGCAUAAUUUUUAAUAUCGUCUCAUUAAUACCUACAUAUAUUUAAAUUCAUUAAUAUACAUACAUACUUUGUUUUAAAAUUUAUACACACAAAUUUACAUGAUUAAUAUUUUUAAGGCAAUUUUUGGAUGAAUCGAUUAGGCGAUAGUCAGUUUAAGAUAUCGAUGGUCCUAUGCAAUAACGGCACAACUCAAAAUUCAAAAAAAAACAAUACCCUUACUUCUGUUAAGUUCUUACGGCUCUAAUCCUAAGUAAGUAGUAAGGAUUCCUUAAGUAAGUCGUAAAGAUUAGACAUGUAUUAGACAAGGAUUAGAGACAUGAGACACCUAACAGUAGAAAGAAUUUUUUUUUUUAAUUUUGGGUUGUGCCAUUAUUUCAGAGGACCACGGAUUUGUAGUUGAUACGAAUUUUCUAAUUUUCUAUGUUACAUAAUUUGUAUUUGAAAACACCUAAAUAAAAACAAUAUACACUGCCGGCAAAAUGUAUUGGCACAGGGAAUUUAUUACAAUAUA